AUGCCAUUAACAAGUGGUACAAUUUAUGUUAAAAAUGAUAGUAAAAUUUGUUAUGUCCCACAAGAGCCAUGGAUAUUCUCUGGAACAAUUAGAGAAAAUAUUUUAUUUGGUCUUCCACAUGAUAGCAGAAAAUUUACGAAUUGUAUUUAUACAGCUGCAUUAAACAAAGAUUUAGAGAAUCUUCCUUAUGGUGAAGGAACAUUAGUGGGAGAUCAAGGUGUCAUUCUGAGUGGAGGUCAGAAGGCCCGUUUAAGCUUGGCUCGUGCAUUAUAUCGUGAUGAUGAUAUUUAUCUUCUUGAUGAUCCCUUGUCGGCUGUUGACGUCGAAGUUGGUCGCCAUUUAUUUGAAAAAUGUAUUUUGGGAAAACUUAGAUCAAAAAUUUGCGUUCUUGUUACUCAUCAAAUACAAUUUUUGAAAUAUGCAACAAAAAUAUUAUUUAUGGACAAGCUCACAACUCCUGGUGAAGAAGAAGAAGAAACUAUUAUGCCAUUAUUAGCUGAAAAGCCUACUGAAACUCAAACUGUAGAAAUUAAACAAACUGGAAAAAUACAUAAAAAGAUUUUUCUCGAAUAUUUUCGGGCAGGACUCGGAAUAUUUGGAAUGAUAAUAUUAUUUUUAAUGUUUAAAAGUAGUGCAAGUAUUUUUAUUUUGGCAAAUUGGUGGCUUGGAAGAUGGUCAAAUCAAGAACGUAUUCGUUAUGAGACUUUUGAUCAAAUUUCUACUAUGAAUUGUACAAUACCAAUGGAUAAUAGAAUUAAAAAUAUGUCAACGGAGGAAUGGCUUAAAGAACGAAAUCGAAAUUUUUAUGUUCUGUUAGUAGCCUUCUUGAUUAAUUGUUUGAUAGCUGCUCGUACACUGCAUAAUCGCAUGUUUCAAGCAAUUUUAAGAUGUCCCGUAUUAUUUUUUGAUACAAAUCCUAUAGGUCGCGUUAUCAAUCGUUUUUCUAAAGAUGUAUCAUCACUGGAUGAACAAUUGACGGCUAUCUUAUACGACAUCACUGAUGUCUCAUCUACAAUUAUGUGUACAAUAAUAUUUAUUGCCAUCGUUCAACCAAUAUCUCUUAUUGCUAUGGCCAUUAUCUCGAUUGUACUGUACUAUGUUCGGAAUGUAUUUAGUCCAGCUAUGCGAGAUGUUAAACGUUUAGAAAGCCUUGCUCGAAGUCCAAUAUAUAGUCAUCUAUCUGCAACACUUCACGGUGUACCAUUGAUUCGUUCAUAUCGCUCUCAAUCAUUGUGUCUCAAUGAUUUUUCUUAUCAUCUUGAUUCUCAUACAAAAGUCUAUUCAAUUAUGGUUGGUAUUACACGAUGGGCAGGCAUGAGAAUCGAUUGCAUUGCAUCAUCAUUUGUUGGUUUAUUAACAACUUCUGUAUUUGCAUUUCAUCGAAAUUUACCAAUAUCCGACUUAAGUUUGAUACUAGCUUAUUCAUUUGGACUGAUUGGAUCUGUUCAAUGGUUUACACGUCUCAGUGUUGAUGUAGCUAUGCACAUGACAAGUGUUGAACGUGUUCUUGAAUAUUGUAAUUUAAAACCAGAAGAAAUAUCAUCAAAAACUCUCAAAUCCCCACCACCCCAAUGGCCGUCAGCCGGUUCGAUUAUUUUCGAUAAUGUAUCAUUUCGCUAUUCGCCGGAGAAUCCAUGGGUGCUCAAUAGUCUAAACAUAACAAUUUUACCAGGAGAAAAGAGUUCAAUAAUUCAAGCAUUAUUUCGUAUGGCUGAAUUAGAAGGAAACAUUCUAAUUGAUGGAAUAGAUACAAAACAAAUUUCUCUGCAUAAUCUUCGACGACAUAUAUCCAUUAUUCCACAGAAUCCUGUACUAUUCAAUGACACGUUACGUAUUAAUCUUGAUCCAUUUGGUGAAUACUCUGAUAUUGAAAUAUGGAAAGCAUUAGAUGAAGUUCAAUUAAAAUCGGAAUUAGUUAAUGGUCUAUCGCAACAGGUAACUGAAGGUGGAACAAAUUUUUCUGUAGGUCAACGGCAACUUAUUUGUUUGGCUAGAGCAUUAUUAAGAAAAAAUAAAAUAUUAGUCAUUGACGAAGCCACCGCAAAUGUUGAUCAUAGAACUGAUCAACUCAUUCAAAUUUCUAUCCGAAAAAAAUUUGUCGAUAAUACCGUAUUAACAAUAGCUCAUAGACUACGUACAAUAAUUGAUAGUGAUAAAAUCUUAACGCUCUCGGACGGACAAGCUGUUGAAUUUGCUAAUGGAUAUGAAUUGUUAUUAGAUGAAACAUCAUAUUUUUAUAAUUUGGUUCAUCAAGCAGGAGAAAUCGAAGCUGCAUUUUUAUUACAACAAGCAAAGAGCUAUUUUCGGCAAAAAAAGGGGAAAUAUAGUGAAAAGAAUAUAAUACAGUGA